AUGCCAAAGUCGCCAGCUCCGAUUGUUGUCGUCCCAUCCCAAGAUUGGGAUGGAAAUGACGGCCCUUGGUCGUCCUUCGUCACCCAGAUUGGUACGCCACCUCAAACAGUCAAAGUGUUAGUAUCGACUGCAAGCACGCAGACCUGGGCAGUCGCCGAAGAAGGGUGUGGUUCUGGCGAUGUUUUGACUUGCAAGAAACUGCGAGGGGACCUCUUCAACUUCAGUGCGUCGUCGACCUAUAACCAAAACUUAGCGAGUCCAGAUGGUAGUUACUACAAACUGGGGUUGGAAUCAAACCUUGGAUAUGAAGGUAACGGGAGAUUUGGGUUCGAUAACGUCACGCUUGGAUUUCCAGGAACUGGAGGUCCGACUCUGAGGAAUCAGACUGUAGGCGGGAUCGCGGCGAAGUCUUUCUUUAUGGGAGUAUUUGGCUUGACUCCAAGACCAAGUAACUUCACGGAAUACAAUGAUCCCAUUCCAAGUUACAUGGAAAACCUUCGAAGCCAAAAGCUAAUUCCAAGUCUGAGCUGGGCAUAUACUUCUGGUAAUCAAUACAGGCUUAAUGGUAUGUUGGGAAGCUUGACGCUUGGUGGCUACGACACUUCGAGGUUCGAGUCUGGUAACUUGUCAAUUCCAUUCUCGUCUCAAGAUGCGAGAGAUCUCACAGUCCAGAUACAGAGUAUCACAACCGGGGAAACCCAUCUCCUGGCGUCCCCAAUUGCAUCCUUUCUAGACUCCACAAUACCGUACAUCUACCUCCCCACGUCAGCAUGCACAACCUUUGAGAACACAUUUGGCAUACUUUGGAACGAGACAUCUCAGCUCUACCUGAUCAAUGACACACAACAUGCACUACUUCAAGCUCAGAACCCAAGCAUUACAUUCACACUUGGCAGCCUCGAAUCAUCCACAACAGUGAAUAUCAGUUUUCCGUAUGCAGCAUUUGCUCUCACAGCAUCCUGGCCGCUCACUUCGAGCCCAACCCGAUAUUUUCCGUUAAGACGAGCAGCGAACUCAACGCAGUACACUCUUGGUAGAGUUUUCUUCCAAGAGGCAUAUGUGAUCGCAGAUUAUGAGCGCAAGAACUUCUCUGUUUCUCAGUGCACGUGGGAUACUCGAGUGAAGCAAACCAUCGUCGAGAUCAGAUCUUCAGAGUUGAAUCAAGAUGGCAGGUCUACUGGACUUGCUCUCGGGACUAUUAUUGGAAUUGUGAUCAGUGCCGUGGUCGGACUCGGCUUCUUGGCUAUUUUGGUUCGCUGGUGUAUACAGCGGCAACGGAAAAGAGUUGAAGGAGUAGUGCCAGGGAAAUCCACCGACGGAGUGCAAUAUCAGAAAGCAGAGCUGGCUUGUGACCAGGCCAAGAGAGAGCCCUGGAGUGGUAGCCCCGACACGGUUUCAAUUCCACCAGCAUUCUCGGCAGAGGUGUGUGCCUUGCAAGAGAUUCACGAAGCACCAGGAAGCGAGGUUGCAGUGGAGGUGGAAGGGCUGGUUCCACCUCAUGAGUUGGAUGCGCUAGAUAAGCCUGGAGAACUAGAAAGCAAGAGCUAG